AUGGCGUCUAUAGCGAAGACUAUAGUUCUCAUCACCGGUGCGAACAGCGGCAUCGGCUUCGAGCUCGCCGCCCAACUCCUCCAGAAGGGCACAUAUCACGUACUCGUUGGCUCUCGUUCUACUCAAAAAGGCACAGCCGCUCUCAAAGACCUCCAGUCGCGCGACUACCCCGGUACUGCGGAGUUGCUGCCCCUUGACGUGACUGACGACAGCACCAUCAGCGAAGCAGCUUCCACGGUGGAGAAAACGCAUGGGAAGCUCGAUAUUCUCGUCAAUAAUGCCGCUGUUGCGUUGCCCCCUGGUACAGAUCGCGAGCAGCUCCGCCUUGCUUUUGAUACCAACGCCACCGGGCCCUGGGUCCUGACCAAGACACUCUUGCCGCUAUUGCAAAAGUCAUCCGGCGCGCGCAUCAUCAACAUCUCCUCCGGCAUUGGAAGUAUCGGACGAAAGCUCGAUACCACCAGCCCGUUCCAUAAGAUGUCGGGAGUGCAGUACCGUGCCAGCAAGACGGCUCUGAACAUGAUCUCUGCGUGUCAGUAUGUUGAAUAUGGCGACUUGGGCAUCAAGGUGUCCCUAUACGACCCCGGUUUUACUGUGAGCAACCUGAGUGAAAAUAAUAGGGCGGAAAAGGGCGCGAGGAGUGCGGAGAAGACGGUGGAGAGCCUGAUGGAGGUGGUUGAGGGAAAACGAGACGCAGAGGCGCCAGCUUUCCUACACAACACUGGAAGAGCUGGAGCAAUUUCCGCCGCAUUCAUAAAAGACAUUACUCUGCAGCGAGAUGAUGCGCGUGCGACACAUAUCAUCAGUGCAGUCGGCACGUCCAGCUUAGAGAAAGGCAAAGCAUUUGUUCGAGACAACAUACCCUCAGUGCCAACACCGCACAUUUAUGCUUCAUACAAUGAGGUGUACCAAGAUGCUUCAGUGGAAGCCGUAUACAUCGGCACGCCACAUUCAUUACACAAGAAAAAUUGCCUCGAUGCGAUCGCAGCAGGAAAGCACAUCCUCUGCGAAAAAGCGUUCACAAUCAAUGCUCGCGAAGCCGAAGAGGUGCUCGCUGCAGCAUCUGCGAAGGGUGUGUACGUCCUGGAAGCGAUGUGGACGCGCUUCCACCCACUCGUUCAAGACCUUCGCAAAGCUCUCUUCACAGAUAAGCUCAUCGGCGACGUACGUCGCACCUUUUGCGACUUCGGCCAAGAUCACAAGCUGGGAUCUCUAGGACCAGAAUCGAGGCUCAAGAACCUUAAUCUGGGCGCGGGCAGUCUAUUGACGAUCGGAAUCUACUCGCUGACCUGGGGCUUAUUGACUCUAGACGAGCACAUUGGGGCAAAAGCUUCGCGGCCCGAGAUCUUGGCUGAUCAGAAUCUGGUCGAUGGCGUAGACGUGGCUACAGCGAUCAUCCUUCGUUAUCCUGCAAACGGUCGCCAAGGUAUACUCACUUCGACUUCGGAGUUCAAGAACGGCUACGACUUCUGUCGCAUCGAAGGCACAGAGGGUUAUGUGCUACUCCGUGGGCCGUACGCUUCUUCCCCGAGCGAAUUUUCGGUUUGGCGCAACCAAAGUGCUGGCAGCGGUGCUCAUACUAGAGGACAGCAAAGCGGGUCUGUUCUUGAGAAGAAGUAUGUCAAUUUUGGCUUGGGAUUGUACCGCGAAGCUGAUGCUGUCGCACUCGACAUCGCUGCUGGGAGAAGGGAGAAUGACAUCAUGCCCCACGAGGAGACGAUGCGCGUUAUGCGUAUGAUGGACGAAAUCAGGCGACAAGGAGGCGCAACAUUCCCGCAGGAUGGCGAUGCUCAGACGGUCAAUAGCAGCGUGGACUGA